AUGUGGGUAAAGGAUGUUAAGGAUGUGGGCAAGUGGGGUGCUGCAUGGGGGGAGGUGGGGUGCUGCAUGGGGGGAUGUGGGGUGCUGCAUGGGGGGAUGUGGGGUGCUGCAUGGGGGGAUGUGGGGUGCUGCAUGGGGGGAUGUGGGGUGCUGCAUGGGGGGAUGUGGGGUGCUGCAUGGGGGGAUGUGGGGUGCUGCAUGGGGGGAUGUGGGGUGCUGCAUGGGGGGAUGUGGGGUGCUGCAUGGGGGGAUGUGGGGUGCUGCAUGGGGGGAUGUGGGGUGCUGCAUGGGGGGAUGUGGGGUGCUGCAUGGGGGGAUGUGGGGUGCUGCAUGGGGGAUGUGGGUGCUGCAUGGGGGGAUGUGAGGUGCUGCAUGGGGGGAUGUGGGGUGCUGCAUGGGGGGAUGUGGGGUGCUGCAUGGGGGGAGGUGGGGUGCUGCAUGGGGGGAUGUGGGGUGCUGCAUGGGGGGAUGUGGGGUGCUGCAUCAGGGGAUGUGGGGUGCUGCAUGGGGGGAUGUGGGGUGCUGCAUGUGGGGAUGUGGGGUGCUGCAUGGGGGGAUGUGGGGUGCUGCAUGGGGGGAGGUGGGGUGCUGCAUGGGGGGAUGUGGGGUGCUGCAUGGGGGGAGGUGGGGUGCUGCAUGGGGGGAUGUGGGGUGCUGCAUGGGGGGAUGUGGGGUGCUGCAUGGGGGGAUGUGGGGUGCUGCAUGGGGGGAUAUGGGGUGCUGCAUGGGGGGAUGUGGGGUGCUGCAUGGGGGGAUGUGGGGUGCUGCAUGGGGGGAUGUGGGGUGCUGCAUGGGGGGAUGUGGGGUGCUGCAUGGGGGGAGGUGGGGUGCUCCAUGGGGGGAUGUGGGGUGCUGCAUGGGGGGAUGCGAGGCAUGGACGAGGUGUAG